AAUAUCGAAUAGCAUGACCACUUCUUACACUGGGACACAGUCAUGAAUAUAAGGAAAUCUAUCGUAGGGGCUAAGAGGGGACGUGACGUGGCAGUCGCAAAAUCAGGCAUCAGCCCAUAUGAUACAGACAAACACCUUGUGCCUAAAUUCGAUCUAUUCAUUCGGAAGAUCCAUGCUAGCUUAUCACAUAAACUCUUAUGGCUUAUAUUAGCUGGCAGCAUUCCGAGAAACAGCAUAGCCCCUCCCCUCGCGCAGAGGCUGACACUAGCUGACUCGCCGAAAGUAACGGAAAACACAUGUGUAAAGCAAAGCGUGUUCCAAAAGUUUUUUUUUUCUUAAUUUUGAAGCCCUGUACUUUAGCAGAUUCUGCUCUCUACUGCCUAGAAGCUGGAGCUCUCAAUGUCCGCUACUGAAGGCUACCGUGUCAAAUGUCCAACCUCCUUAGAUACUUAUAGCCAAGACAUAGCCCACGUAAAGGGCGGGGAUAUCGAAUCUCACCCUUUGGUAUCCUUACAUCACAAGGAUACUGGGAAACCUUCCAAAAUACAGACAUUAUGCAGAGAUGCGGCCGGGCGUGGAAAUGAACAAUGUAUCUGGUAUGCUACAAUCGGGGAGCGAAAAGUCUUGCCCGAGAUGUGCCGAUACUAUCAGGUGAACUUCUUGAAGCACACAACUUCGAACGUAUGUUUGAAUGGUGGAGACGUCUUUUACUUCGUGGCCCAAUCAAGAUACAAAUGGUCAAGAUGCAUGUGUUACGGCAAAGGAACAGCAAAGAGGUUGAGGUUAUGAUAUUGCCCAUCGAUAUUGCCGCCGAAGUAGAAAGGUUCGAAAGAGCGCUAGAACAAUGUGAAUUUCACCCAGAGUGCAGCGCAGGCUUCAGUGAAGACGGAACGCUUAUCCCAUGUUCUCGCCCCAAGAAUUGUAGAAAUCUGACUAUGGGCGGCACUGAGGAGUACCCCCAGUUUUACUGCUCACUGGAGCACCACCAUCGGCUAAGGCGGAAAAAGCGAAAGCUGGAGCAUAGUGAGGCAUUGCUAGAGUUUUACUGGAGCUCUAGAGGGAGGAGUGAUUUCCUAGAAUUCCUCGAAUAUCGUGGUUUCAUCACUCGUUACAGGGACUUGGAAACUACACAUUUUCUCGAUGCAUGUGAUGGUUGUGGUGAGGGUAUUCUAGCUCUGCUACUGGUGGACGGGUGGCACACGCAGAGACUGCUGGUUCUAGUUGGUCUGGCCGUGUUGCUUAACAUUCUUAUUACCAUUCUCGGGGCUGCUGUCGGACAGAGUAUAAACAUGGGGCUGACAGCGGGGAGCUACACAUUUGCGUUGGUGGCGGUUAUCAUUGCUACCCUUUCCUUCUUUAGUGCUAUUCUGUAAUUAUCUUAUUGGUUUUUAUUACCCUCGUUAUGUGUGACUGCAUGAGUCAUAACAGGGUAAUAAAAGCCAUCCGUUAGAGCCAGCGAUUCUUUUGUCUUGGCAAGCCUUUACAUACUUUUCGUUGGAUACAUAGCCAAUACUAUACUGACACGCUGUAGUUGUUGAUUGGCUUCAUCAUGCAAGUAUGUUCUUGUUCCAUUGCUCCCUCUUAGAUCGUAAAAGGGUUAAGGAAAAGAAGGCAAUGCCACACUAGCCAAUUCAAGAUUAAAUUGAAAAGAACAUCAAGAAGGCAGACAUGGAAACCCCAGGCAAACCGGAGCCGUUACGGUUAGCCGAUUGGUGGUGAGUUGGGUCUGGUGACCAUGCUUAGACGAAUUCAGACCAGCUGGUUUUCUCCUCAACCAAGAUAAGGCCUUGGCGGUGCUUUUCUAGCUGACUGUUUACUGUCGGCUGUAAUUACGGGAUUCAGCUUCGUUCAGCCUCGCGCAG